AGUUAGGUUGCUCAAUUCUGGCUCAAGUCUGGGUUUCCAUUCGAAAGCCAACCCGUUCGGCAUAAAAGUCAGGAAGAUGACAUAAUGUUGUCUGAAACAUGUUAACUUUUAGAGCUCAGCAAAAUGUUGUCUUUUCGAUAACUUUUUGCCGAUGUCAUUUUAAAGCAAUCUCAAUGAUAACUAAAUGAUGACUUUUCGAGGACUUGUGUUGGUAUCUUUAUGACAUCAAAGGGAUAAUUUUCCAAUGUGUUUAUAAUGACCUUCUUACUAUCAGCUGAUUUUUAUUUAUAUUGUGUUCCCUGUAACCUCAAAUAAUUCCAAGUGUCAGUGUGUGAAAUAAAUAAUAAAUAUAUCAUUUGCAAUAAUACCGAAGAGAAAAAUAUUCAAAGAAUUAUCAAAAAGUCAAAAAAAUAAACGUUUACGCCAAUUUCAAAUUAAAUCAGAAAAUUUAUUAGAUGCAUCUACCAGUAAAACUUGUGAAAUUAGUGAAUCUAAUUGAUACGUUGCGAAUAAUAAAAAUGUAACGGAUAAUAAUAAUUUAAACUGCAGUAUUUUAGACAAUAUUUACAACAGUGAAAUUAAUAAUCCUAUUAAUAAUAAUGAUAUUGAAAAUAUUAAUGAUAAUGACAUUGAAAUGAAUCAUCCCAUUAAUAACAAUGAUAUUGAUGAUAAUAAUAAAAUCAGUGAUACUAGCGAUGAUAGUGAUGAUAGUAGUCCUGAUGAAAAUUUGGAUGUAAAUUUAAGUUUAUCAACAAAACUCUGUCAGUGGAUAACUGAUAAUAAUAUUUCACGUGAUGCAGCGGGUAAAAUUUUACGAAUAUUGAGAACAUCGAACCACGAAGAAGUUGUUAAUCUGCCGUUGGAUCCUAGAACAUUACUCGGUACACAAGAAGCACCUAUAAUAACCCGUAAAGUUCCUCCUGGUGAAUAUUAUCAUUAUGGACUAGAAAAAUCAUUAAUUGAUCAAUUCAAACUAGUUGAUUACCGUACUCUGCCUAAUUCUAUUGUCAUCAAUAUUAAUAUAGAUGGAUUGCCAAUCGCUAAAAGCUCAACCAGCCAACUGUAUCCUAUCCUUGCUCAAAUUCAUCCUAAAGUUUCUCGGCCAUUUGUUAUAGGAAUAUAUCAUGGCUAUGAAAAACCCAAUAGAUGCAAAUUAUUUUUGGAAGAAUUUUUAAAUGAGUACACAAACUUAAAUACAACAGGUUUUACUUACAAAAACCGUCAUUUUAACGUCGUCAUAAGGGCUGUUAUUUGUGAUAGUCCAGCAAGGUCCUUCGUUACUUGUAUAAAAUUACACAAUGGAUAUUAUGGAUGCGGAAAAUGUAGAGAAGAGGGUGAUUACAAAGAUCAUAGAAUGUUAUUUCUGAACGUAAAUGCACCUUUACGUACGGAUCAAAAUUUUAUUGAUCGUGUUGAUGAAGAACAUCAUACUGGCGAAUCACCAUUUGAAGAAGCAGGUAUAGGCAUGGUUUCCCAGUUUCCAAUUGACUACACGCACAACUGCUGUCUUGGAGUGAUGAAAAAGAUUUUGAUAUUCCGCUUAGAAUCAUAAGGGAUUACUCUCGUCAAUCAAGCAUUAAACAACCGUCCCCUCCCCCUAUUCAACCUCUUGCAGAACUUAAAGAUGAUGAUGACCAGAUGUCUUUGCUUGGUUCAGAUACUCAUGGUCACGGCUGUUGUCGAAAAGUUUUGAGUGAACUAAAAAGCUUAAAAACUUUGAUUUCGUCGAUUUAUCUAACAAUAUCAGAUAAAAAUAAUAAUGCCAAUAAUGAUACUGUCAAAGAAACAGUAGAUUUUGGAUUGUCGAUCCAAACUCGAAGUCAGUUGGCAGGAUUUGAGAGUAAAAUUCAAAAUGUGGUCGCAUCUACUCAAUAUCGAGAAAAUAUUAAACAGCUUGGUGGUGCAAGUUUCGAAAAGCAUGUAAGAAACACAUUAGUGUUUACUGUUUCUGAUACGAUGGCAUAUAAAAUGAGUUGGACAGGUGUCCAAAAUACGAUUAAGAUCGACGGAUUAACAUUUAUAAAAUUGAUUAAAGAAACAAUUUUACAAAAGUGGAGUGCCUCUGAUAAAGAAAAAAUUGAAAAAGUUAUCAAAUCAUGGUUUCAGCAUGCUGGCGAUCGCCUUAAAUAACUUAAAUAAUUAUAAUAAUUACUUGAGCCGUAAAAGUAUUUAUAACUUUAAUCAUAAGAUUAUUUAUAUUGGUAUGUAAUAUCGUUAUUAUUCAUUGUGUUAUCAAAUAAACAAUAAUUAAACCUA